AUGGCAGAGUCGCAGCAGCUGCGGGUGCAGGAGGUGGUGGACACCAUGGUGAAGGGGCUGGAGCGGGAGAAUAUCCACAAGAUGCUGGGUACCAUGUUCCGAUGCAGUGCCAGCUGCUGUGAGGAUACCCAGGCCUCCAUGCAGCAGGUUCAUCAGUGCAUUGAGCACUGCCAUGCACCAUUGGCCCAAGCACAGGCCCUUGUGACCAGUGAAUUGGAAAAAUUCCAAGACUGUCUGGCUCGAUGCACCAUGCACUGCAGUGACAAAGCCAGAGACCUGAUGGAUGCUGGGAGCAAGGAACAGCAAGUGAAGAGGCAGCUGGAGUCCUGUGUGAUCAAAUGUGUUGAUGACCACACGCACCUCAUCCCCACCAUGACCAAGAAGAUGAAGGAUUCUCUGGCAUCUAUUGCAAAAUAG